AAACAACAUCAAACAAGCCCAUCGCAUUGCUCUUCGAAAUAACAUUGUUAAGUGAUCCGAGCUCUUGAAGUUCCACAUAAUUCAUUCUGCCUGUGAGUUAAUAACAUUGCAAAAUGGUUAAACUCACGCCAGAUUUAAUAAAUCAAUCGAUGCAAUAUAUGAACCCGUGUCGCGAUCGAGAGCUUGAUUUACGGGGAUACAAAAUACCACAGAUUGAGAAUAUGGGCGCUACCCUGGAUCAGUUUGACACGAUCGACUUUUCCGACAACGAUAUUCGUAAGCUGGAUGGAUUUCCUCGUCUUCCGCGACUGAAAUGUCUUUUGUUGAACAACAACCGAAUUGUGAGAAUAAGCGAAAAUCUUAAUGAAUCCUUGCCCAAUCUUCAGAGCGUCAUUCUUACCGGCAACAACAUUCAGGAAUUGGGAGAUUUGGAGCCAUUGACGAAGCUACCGGCUCUUGAGACGCUUAGUUUGUUGACAAAUCCCGUUUCAACCAAGCAACACUAUCGUGAGUAUGUUGCUUUUCGUUUUCCUAAUCUGCGGCUCUUAGAUUUCCGAAAGAUCCGCCAGAAGGAAAGGGAAGCUGCGAAUCAGCUGUUUAAAUCGAAAAAAGGAAAGGAGAUGCACAAAGAUAUCGUCCGCAAGGCGAAGCAAGCAAUGCCAUUCGUCGCCGGGGGUGCUUCUCCAGAAAAGCAAGUCGUGCAGAAUGCAAGUCCUGCGGAUAUUCAGAAGAUUCGUGAAGCCAUCAAACGAGCCACGAACUUGCACGAAGUCGAACGGCUUACCCGUAUGUUGCAGUCGGGUCAAAUCACUGGAGAUAUACUGAACGGGAAUAAUGGCACGGAAGUCGAAUAAAAGCUACUAUAGGAACAGAUACAAAUCGCUGAUAAAGUCAAAAGAUGGUCUGGUCAAGAAGCGAUUAAAAUAAAUUGAA